CUGAAAGCAGCUGGGCCGGGUGCAGCGGAGCGGAGCCAAAGCCACAUCGGCUGCGUGUCCGCCAGCGGGGAAGGAGCGAGCCGGUCCGGAGCAGCAGCAGCAGAUCCUGUGAGUGAAAGAAGAUGGGGUCAGGCUGUCUGAAAGCUACCAAGUACUUCCUCUUCCUCUUCAACCUCCUCUUCUUUAUCCUGGGCGCUGUGAUCCUGGGCUUUGGAAUAUGGAUCUUGUUUGACAAACUCACUUUCAUAUCAGCUUUGAAGACUUCAUCAGACUCCUUUAAGAUUGGGGCAUACAUCCUCAUUGCUGUUGGGGCUGUUACCAUACUGAUGGGCUUACUGGGCUGUAUUGGAGCUGUCAAUGAGAUCAGAUGUCUUUUGGGUGUGUACUUCACUUGCCUGCUGUUGAUCUUCCUGGCUCAGAUAGCUGCUGGGCUGCUCAUCUAUUUCCAACAAGACAGAGUAAAAAAUGAAAUGUCCACCAUGGUCCAAAGCUUGAUUCAGGACUACAACCCUGGAAAUGAAGAGAAAAAGAACAUCCAGGAAGCAUGGGACUAUGUGCAGAAACAACUGUCGUGCUGUGGCUGGGAUGGACCAAACGAUUGGAUGAAUAACACGAUCCUCAAAAAUGAAAGUUAUGCAUCCUAUCCUUGUUCCUGCUUUUCCAACAAUUCAUAUCUUUUUGGCUUCUGUCCUGUGGACACUGUUAAUGGCAUGCUGGGCUCUGACUGGCCUGUCCAUUCUCAGGGCUGCAUGGAUGGUGUGCAGAGCUGGUUAAGUGACAACCUUGGCAUCAUUCUUGGGGUGUGCACAGGAGUUGCUGCUAUUGAGCUGUUGGGCAUGCUGCUGUCCAUCUCACUCUGCAAGAAUAUACACAAUGAAGACUACACCAAAGUGCCGAAGUCCUGAGUCUGGCCCCAGCGCUGCCACACCACAGAGCAGAGCAAAUGAAACAUUCCUGCCUCGUACCCAGGCUGUUCAAUCAACAUUGAAUAUUACUCCUGUGACAUCCCACACUGCUAACACCACACUGCCAAGCAACUAUUGGAGCUGCAACAUGAUCUGAAUCUUCCUGUGACACCUGCAGGCGCUGGGCUGCCCUUUCCUGUAUUUUUGAUACUCUGAGGCAGGCCACUUACCAGGGCAUCGCAUGAUGCAAGUUCAGCCUGAGGGAGAGGGUGGGGGGUGAGAAGGACUUUCUGCCUGGCCCAUGUUUAUGCAACCCUUUCCCAAUCUCCAUUCUCUGCCAGCCUAUUUUGGUAUAACACAGCAUAAAAGAUUCUUCCUCCUCCCCCACUAGAUCUAAGACCCCCCCCCUCAAAUAAAUCCUCAGGAAGCUUCAGGGCUUGGCUUGCUGGUGGUGAUGCCUCUGAGUGACCCACUUCCUUCUUGCAACUCUGCUUUUUCUUUUCUCACACCAAUCAUUGCCCUUGGUUGGUUCUCCCUUUUUUUUUGAGGGGGGAGGUAAACCAAAUACUUCCUUUCACACACAUGCACUCUUUCUCUUCCUCAUUUGACUGGUGGAUAGAUCUCUAGAAAGAGUCAAGCCUGGCCAUUCCAAGUGUGGCCCACUCAGCUUGUGACAGCUGCUGAGCUGCUCUUGGAACAGGUGCAUGUGGGUUUUGGACUUCAUUAGCUCCAUGUCCCUCUCAUCAGCUGCCCUUUUACUGGCUCUGAGGCACUUUAGAGACUUGUAUAGUAUGGGCUCAGCCCAGGCUGGCUUUGCUGGUUGUAUUCUUGGGCUGCCAACUUUUUAUAGAAGUGAUUUUUUUGUAUCUUCUGAAUUUUUUUAUAGAUCUGUGAUUUUUGCUAACUCCUGUUUUUAAUCAUGUUAAAAUGGAAGUAUCUGUUGGAUUACUGGCUCUGUACCAAGGGUGGGGUGGGGGGCACCACUCCCAUUGCUGUUUUGAUUUAUGGACCCUUUCCUGGACUCGCUGAUCAAGAGUCCCUCUCAUAACUGUAUCUGUCCUGCUGGUUAGGUGUCAUUAAGGUCUAGAAUCCUUGAUACUGGUGCCUGGAUCAUAAGUGUCCUGUAAAGGAUGGUGGUUUCAGCAGAUAUGCCAAUAGCAGUCUAAGUUGGUCCAGGGAAACCCUAUUCUGUACCAGACAGCAGGAUCAUGGGCUUGAUUCUAACUGGCCAGCAGCACUUACAAAGAACUGACAAGUUGGUGGUCUAGAUAAAGGAUUCCCCCCUCCUUCCUUCCUUCCUUCCUUUUAAAAGCUGUGUUGGAAUCCAGUCAUACAGUAGCAUAAAAAGCUUGGAAAUUGGGUGACUUCCUGCAGUGGUGCGUGGAAGUCAUGGUCUUAAAGGA